CCACUCUUUACCCUGCCACUGCUUUUCGGUUUCUUGUCAACUCAAAGGCAGCCCUUUUACAUAUAAGGCGUCAAUAUUCUGCGAGUAUCAUCUUACCAUCUACAUCACAUUUGAAGCGGAGAACUACAGACAGCCUUCGCCACCAGUCCUGAUGACUACUCCAACGACAUUCCCACCGUUUCCCAAACUUCCUACAGAAAUUCGACUUCAAAUAUGGAGAAUAGCUAUGCCUCGAAGGGUGCUUUUCGAACGUGAGGGACCACGCAAGUCGUCUUUUCGACGCAUCAAUUACUCCUCGAUUAAUGCUUGUAGAGAGUCGAGAGAAGAAGCACUGAGAUACAUCAAGACUUCAGGCAAAGGGCGUGACGAAGUCGUGUUUGACGCUGAUGGAGACAUCCUCUGUUUAUGCUACUCCGAUGUCCGUAUGAUAAGCAACUGGCCCCGGUCGAACAUCAGCGGGUCUGGCAAGCAGCAUGGUCCCUACGAAGAACUGUUCCGAGUUGAUCUCACGCAGGUACUGAAGCGUAUCCAAAUACUCGGAGACGUCCAAGUCCCCUGUGGAGAAGGCUUCAAGUACAACGAUUUCUCGCAAGUCUUGGUGCCAAUCUUGCGUCGCUUUCCUGCCAUCAGAGAAAUCAACGUUGGGAGACUCCGCAGUGAUAGGUUGAGUGUGAAGACUGGGACUCGGGGACUUGUCGGAGGCAUAGAAAGAUUUGCCAUCAUGCGCAAGCCAACUGUGCGGAAAGUCCGGGCCAGAGUAGAGGAAGCAAUGGCGAAGGAAGAAUUGCUUCGUCCUAAGUGGAAGGCUCCGUUCAUCAGCUUUGCACAGUUGAGCGAUGAGCAUGGAAGUCAUGAAGUCUUUGCGAAUAUGACCAACUCCGAAAUCUUGACCGUGAAAAUUUGUUCGACACUUAAUUUCACAAAGUCAGACCCGUACAAGCAGCGGCGGGGCGCCUGGUUCAUCUUCUGUCGACCAAAUUUCGUCACUAUGGAGCGAGUCCCGAUCGAGUCGUUGCGAAGCCCUGCAAGUUCUGAUGAACCCAAGAGGAUUAGCCCUUACACAACACCUUUAUUACUGUUGCCCAAACUCAAGAAAGAAAGAAGAGAGUUUCUAGAGUUAAAAUCCAGUGUAAAUCUCAAGACAGAGACAAAUGAGGGGAAUGAAAUACUAAGUAUGAACCAAAACCCUGACCCUGAAAGGCUUUCUCGUCUUCACCAUGGCAUCUAUACAGGUGUGAGGAAAUAUCCGGUCGAACCUAGCAAACUUGAAGAUAGAGUGGUCCAAGUCAAGUUGAAGACCAGAUUCAAGGCUGUGAGGAAUAAGGAAGCUAUAGCAGCAGCACAUAUCCUCACGCAGAUGUCCUCCGAUACACGGACGACGGAAGAGCUCGAAGUGGCCGAGACACUGCUACAACUACAGUCCAAGCCGAGAGUGGCCAAACUUCAUCCACCCUUACAGGUAAAUGGCGACCAAACAUUGGACAGUGACGCAACAAUCUCUGACGAUGCGACUAUUUCUGAGAGGGGCACACCGGAGCCAGCCCCAAAACGACCGAGGCCUAAUUUUCGCCCAGCAGAGCUAGAACAACCAACCAAGAAGAAGAGAGGAGGUCGUCCGAAGGGAUCAAAGACCAAGCCCAAAACCACCAUCACAGCUAACAACAACGACAACAAGACCUUGAUUGCUGAAACUGAGGACGUAGAAGUGCAAUGCACAAUCCCUAAACAAUUUGGAGCCUCCGCCAAUAGAGUUCUGUGGUCUGACCGCCAUGUUUUUGAACACACAGCAGCAUCACCGGAGGAACCAAAGGUUAAUCUACAACCACCACUAUCAAGUCGGGCACGUAUAACGACUGAUUCAACUUCUGAAUCUGCGCGCACCGAAGCAGAUAGAAGGCGAUGGGAGGAUGCAUUUUGCCGAUAAUUGUAUAUUGCGGCAUGGUCGAACAGAGUCUGAAGAAUGGAAUGAGCAAGAUGGACAAUUGGGUCUCGUGCCAGUGGAUGUGGUCUGUGGAAUAGGAUAUCACGCAUUUCAAUGUGUGAAAGACCCUUUUCAAAUCGCCUCAGAGGAGUGGAAAAUGUCAAAAAGGCAGCAUGGGAGUGUUGAUUUUGCAAAUAGAAAGCCCUGGCAGGAAGGGG